CUCGCUCGCUAACGCCCUCCUCCCGGCCGCACCGUCGCUGCAGCUAUACUUCGCCGCUACAGCACCCUCCUCCUCUCCCCGCGCCAGUGUCGCUGUAGCGUCGGCAGUGUCCAGGAGCUCAUCGUCGUCGUUCUCGUUCGACGCGGCCACCUUCGAGGCUAACCGCCUCGACGCCGACGCGCGGGAGUCCACAGCCGCGGGGCCGGGCCGGAGAGCUUGGAAGUAUCCUGUCCAGAUCAAGGAAAAAAAAGACAAACCCUAGAUCGCCUAUUCCCCAAAUUAUUUGGCUUCAUCCCGGAUUCCCGGCGACGUUUGGACCUCUCCGGCUGCGAGUCCUCCUCCGGCUAGCUUUACCUACGCCACCCUCCCUUCCCUGGCGCUGAUCAAUCAGAACGUCUGCGCCGGGCUACGACUUGAAUAAAUGACACAUAAAAAUGAGAGCAUGGUGAUUGAUCACAGAAGAGGCUCGACAAGGGAUCAAAGAGCUACUAACAGAAAUAUCAAACGCUGCCAUGCGUCACCAUCGACGAUUGCAACUGGGAUUACAACUUGUCGCAGAAGGCGGAAGACUUAUAGCGAUUUGUGGGAACCUAGAAUGAAUAGAUAUAUAAAGCAAUGGUUUGCGGACGCUGCUGCUGACGAGGAAGAAUUUGGAUACUAUGAGCCUCCUGAUGAAGUUGCUGAUGAGGAAGAUCAAAUUGUUUCAGACACUCCUUACGUGGAGGAACCAUUUGGUGAAAAUUCUACUGAAAAAAAUUGGACCAUUGUCUCGCUUGCUUUACUUGAUGGAGAUAAUAAUAUGUUAUUUGCAUGCUCGGGCAUAACUCUACCACGCGGGCCUGGAGGAGCAUGCAUAACAAGAUUUGUUACAUCAGCACGUUUGGUUAAAGUGUUCAAUCUCAAGAGAAACAAAGAUGAUAAUUUGAAGAUUGCAGUGCGCCUUCCAAGUAAUAGAACUAUCAAUGGGGUUUUGGGACUAUAUGACGACUAUAUUGCCAUUGUCUCGUCCUUCGACUUAGUCCCGGAAGUUCGUCCAGUUAACUUUCAUUGCGGGGUUCAGUCUGAGUCCAUAACUGCUUCUGGGCGUGCCUUCAAUUCAGGCCAGUUGAUGUCCUUAGGUCUGCCAAAGCAGAAAUCAUAUCCUAGUUUUGGUCAUGAUCACCGCGUGGUCCUUUUUCCCUCAUUUAAAGAGGCUGCACUUGGAGCGUCACUUACUAAUUCCAAUGGUGACUUUCUUGGGAUGGUUCAUAAAUGCUACCCGCUUGAGACAGUCACUCUACCAGCGGCAUGUCUUCAUCGAUCCUUAAUGCAUUUUGGGGUACUCGAGAAAGAAGACGAAGACAUAUAUGAUGCAGGCAGCUCAAGUGGAGGAACCAGAAGUAGCAGAUGGAAAUAUUCCUUGCCUGAAGGCGUACGGAGCGUAGUCCCUUCAGGAUUUUUGAGAAAUAUUAACUUUCUAAAAUCCAUGGGCUAUCCCAUGCCACCACCACUCAUGCUUGAAUUGAAUGGGAGAUUGCGUAAUACACUUGAAGAUGAUUUUGGUGAAGUAUCUGCUUGGCAACUUGGCAAGGGUACGAUUCUAAUCUCAUGUGUCGCUCUGCGGAGGAGUUCUGGCAUAAACUCCCGGGAAAAGUUCAUACAAAUAUAUCCCGGAGUGCCGUCUCAGUUUUUUCAUUCAAAGGGGAACAGAUGUAUUUUGCAUGCACAGGCUUGCUUAUAAGUUGGCAUGUGCGCACGCCCGUACGUGUGCGCACAACCAUGGGCAUGCGUACACGUAUGCGCACGCGCUCAGUCAUUCUGACCUCAGCCAGUUUGGUUAGAUCUCGUGAUGAUCAAGACGAGAUUGACAACAACUUGAGGAUUGAGGUACUUCUUCCACCUCAUCAACGCGUCAAUGGGACACUGGAAUUGUAUCAUUUAAAUUAUAAUAUUGCUAUCAUCAGCGUUGAGAAGCAUUUCCUUGCUGCUCGCCCGGCAAAUAUUUUCUAUACAGUACAGAAGCCAGCUAAAAAUGUAGUGGCUAUAGGGCGAGAAGCUGCAGAGGGAUUAUUAUUGGCCACAAGGGGUGAAGUGACUGACGAGCCAAGUAUGCCUAGCGAACUUGACUGCGGAGACCUUAAGCUCUCUACUUGUAAAAUCAAGAAGGUUGGGAUUGGAGGCCCCCUUAUUAGUUCUGAUGACGGGAGUUUGGUUGGCAUGAACUUCUAUGAUGAUACUGACAAAACUCCUUUCCUGCCAAUGAGUAAAAUUGUUGACGUCUUGAGAGGGAUUGAACUGCCGUCGCAAAGAGGAUUGAACUGUCCCGUGAACUUGAUGGAUGGCACAGAAGUUAAGAAAAACAGGUGGACCGUGCCCGAGCCUUACUGGUAUCAUCCUCUAUUUGAUGAGGACUGGGAUCCAAUUCCCCCCUGUGUCGGAAGAGUUAAACAAUAGAUGUAAUCGUGCUGUUGAAAGUAGAUGGUUGUCCUCGUUCUGCUUAUCUAGCAAGGAUUUAUAACAGAACGUUUAGUUCUAUUUAUCAUCUAUGAUACAUGUAACCUGGACCAAGUAACUUGUUGAAAAAAUCUAAUGUGAGCUCUGCAUGGCGCUCUGCUAAAGCAAAA